AUGCCUUUCCCACGACACCCGCCCGACCUCGAUGCAGAGCGCGCGCGCGUUAAGAAGCUGGCCAGCUACUUCGGGUCGCUCGGCAUAGAGCCUGAAGACUCUUCUGGAAAUCCAGCCUGCGAUCCCGUUUCCACCGAGCCCACCCUCGCCCGGGAUGCCGCUCUCACCGCGCUCGCCCAGCUAGGCCCGCUGCGCCUGCAGUGUGACCGCGCCUUCGUCUCGCUCACUGACCGCACCCACCAGUAUAUCAUCGCCGAGUCCACCCGCGAGCUGUCUUACUUCGACCUGACCUCCAGCUCACAAGACCCCCUCUACCUGGGCGUCGUUGCUUUGGAUGUGGCUUGGAGCCCGGACACCAUCCAUGUCUUCUCUGACCCCUCGGGGCACUCAGACAUCUGCACCCCCAACGUGCAGGCUGACCACUCCAAGUACCGCAUCUGUGACUUGCACGCCGAGCCGAACUAUGUCAACCGCCCCUAUGUCGCCGGCUGGCCGCACAUCCGCGCCUUCUUGGACGUGCCUCUGCGCACUUCGACCGGUGAAGUCAUCGGUUCCUACUGUGUCGUCGACAACCGUCCGCGCGAUGACUGGGCUGACGACUCUACCGUGCACAUUUUGACCGACAUUGCCCAGACCAUCAUGGACCACAUCGAGCUCGUCAAGAUGCGUGAGCAGCACCAUCGCUUGGAGAGACUUGUCAACAACCUGUGUGUGUAUGUCGAAGAAAACACUAGCAUGCAGGCUUUCGAGACCAACCACGCCGGCCGACGCUCGUCGUCAGACAGUUCGUGCGAGGACAGCCCCGAGUCAAGCCCUGCCUCCAGACCUGUGUCGUCAUCUUUCAAUUCGCACUCAGCUUGCAACUCUGACGAGUCCUUGGAGACGCACAUGACCAUCCCCAGCCCAACGCCGCAACUGAAUCCUUUCGAGGACCAGGAGUUUUCUUCCUCCCGCCCAACCCAUACCUUGAGCCAGAGGUCUUCUUCAUCAACUCAAAGAGCUCCACCAGCCCAGCGGCCCAGGGACAUUCCCGACACUUUCUCCCGCGCAGCAAAUCUCAUCCAAGAGGCCACAGACAUCGAGGGCAUCGUCUUCCUGGACGCAUCGCCAAAUGGUUUUGGAACUCGCCUGGACGUAAAACGGGGGGACGUAUCCAAUAACUUAGCAUCGGUGCAUUCCCCAGUUGCUGCUACCGCAGAUUCUUCGCGGAUGAAGCUGUGCGAGACACUCGGUCUGUCCGUCAGCCGCGACAACAACUCCUCAGAGGGUCAGCUGUCGAUUCCUGAAUCGCUCUUGCAAAGACUUCUCGAAACUCAUCCGCGAGGUACCAGCUUUUUCGCCGACGAGCUCGACGAAUUGGAUGGGCUUGAAGGCAGCGAUGCGAAACGCCUGUUCCAAAUCUUCAGCUCAGCGCGCUCCAUCUUGUUUAUGCCACUCUGGGAUUACCAGAAAGAGGGCUGGUAUGCGGCUGCCAUUGGCUGGUCCACAAAGGCUAACCGUAUCUUUGCCUCCGAAGAUCUGGUGUAUAUCUCUGCGUUCGGUAAUUCCAUCAUGAACGAGGUUUCUCGGAUAGAAGCCAUGUCGGUCAGCCACGCCAAGUCCAACUUCAUUUCGUCCAUUUCGCAUGAACUCCGCUCGCCGCUCCAUGGAAUUCUCGCAAGCACAGAGUUGCUCAAGCAGACAGACCUUGAUCCUGAACGCAUGGCUCUGGCCGACAUGGUUGAAGUUUGCGGCGUCACCUUGCUGGAAACAAUGGACCAUCUCCUUGAUUUCGCUAAGAUCAACCACCUCUACAGGAAAGGUCGUCGUAAAUCAUCGGAUGGUCGUGGAGGAGGAAGCAGACACAGGAAAGAUUACUUGAAUCUGUGCAAAACGGCAGACUUGGGCCUUCUUGUUCAAGAAGUCGUGGAAGGAGCCUAUCUGGGUCACACCGCUCAGACUACGACGCACUUUGAAUCUGGAGUCACCCCGCUGGACGACGGCAGAUCACCGCAUCCGAAUUCGGAUAAUCUUCGCCCACCGGGGACAAAGCCUGUCAUGCUGACCAUGUCCAUCGAAAAACGCAACGACUGGCAAUUGCACACCGAACCUGGCGCGUGGAGGAGGAUCGUCCUGAAUCUCAUCGGAAAUGCGCUCAAGUAUACUGAUCGCGGAUCCAUUCAAGUUAGCUUGAAGUGCAUUGACCCAGAGAAAGGGCAGCCCUCACCAUUCGCCGAGGACAAUUCCGGAAAACGUUACAUUUGUCUCUCCGUCAAAGAUACUGGCCGUGGCAUCAGCGAGGAAUAUUUGAAGUAUCGCUUGUUCACCCCAUAUGCGCAAGAAGAUCCGUUGGUCAGCGGCACGGGGCUGGGCCUGUCGAUCGUGCAUCAUUUGGUGACACAUUUGGAUGGAAAGGUCGGCAUACACAGUGAGGUCGGUGUUGGAACGCAAGUGCAGGUCAUGAUACCCGUUCCUAUCGAAGCGACCAAUAUUACGCCGAAAAUCGAGCGCGUACCAGAUCCUUUCGAGGAUGCAGAGUUGUUUCACGGCAAGACUGUGCUGGCCCUCACAGGCGAUGACUCACCAGACCCGGACGCAGAAGGGGCGAUGCUCCUUUCGAACGCCCUCGAUACCGCGAAAUCGUGGUGGGGCAUGAAAAUUGUCUCCCCGAUCAGCGCUGGUGCGGACGCCGACUUCUGCAUGCUCCACGUCUCACAGCUCGAAACUGCGCAUGACCGUAACAUUCUGAAGGACGUUAGAGCCGCCAUUAUAGUCGUUUGUACACGCCAACCUACUCAGCAGCAGUUACUCAUAGCAGGCCUUUAUAACGCAACCUUUCUUCAACAACCUUUCGGUCCCAAAAAGGUGAAAAACUCGUUCAACGCGGCUCUCUCUCGCUUCCUUCAGGAUUCGCUCCCUCCGGGUCAACCGCAGCGACAGUCAUCAUAUAUUAGCGCUAAAAGCAACCUCCCGUACCGUGACUCGGGCGCUGGCGCCCUCGCCAUUGGUGCUCCCAUUAUCGCCACCAGUCCGCAACCCUCGACGCCAAACCCCGCUUCCCCCGCACCGUCAGCUCCACAAUCAACUGCACAGACCCCCGCCACGACGCCGCCUGCUCUCGCUUCUCCCAUCCCGACGCCGGUAACAGCAGAUGUCCGCAAAGACCGACCACUCCACCUCCUACUAGUAGAAGACAACGAGAUCAACCUUAAGAUCUUAACGACAUACGCGCGCCGCCUCGGCUGCACCUUUGCAACGGCAAGCAACGGACAAGAGGCCGUUGAUGCGUUCAAGGCCGCCACCAAGCCGCCGUUCGACGUCGUUCUUAUGGACGUAAGCAUGCCGAUCAUGAACGGAUUCGAAGCGACGAGGGCGAUUCGGGCGUGGGAGAGGGAGAAGAGAGGAGUCGGGGGAAGGGGAGAGGGGAAUUGCAAUGGCGACGGUGCAGCUCCCGGGAAGGAACGGGAAAGAGGAAGGGGAAGGAAGAGGAGGGGAUGCCGGAUCCUGGCGCUCACAGGCCUGGGUGCGGCGGAGAGUCAGAGGGAGGCGUUCAGUAGCGGGAUGGAUGAAUUUUUGAUCAAGCCAGUGCCGUUGAAGAGGUUGAAGGGAGUAUUAUUCGGAGACGACAGAAGCGAAUCGGAAGACAAGAAAGAGAAAGAGAAAGAUGACAACGAGAAAGCAUCGACGCGAUGA